GCCUAGUCUGGACCCUGUAUUCUCGAAGUUUCCUUUGACAAAUGCAUGCAUGUGUGCGCCGAUGCGAGACCCCAACAAUACCGUAAUACCCGUAUGUCGCGCCAGUUGACAUGGGCGAGGGCGAGGGUGAGGGCGAAGCUGAAUCCAAGAAUCGUAAACAUGCGACCAUCGCAAUUGACUCUUGGGUCUUCUUUGUUGCGCAUCCCCAGUGGAACUUGGUCUCGGUACAGUUCAUGUUGACUGAUACCCUGUGGAUUCUUUCUUUCAUUGUAGCCUUUCUGUGCACCGGUUGAUUUCACAUACGCCCACACGUUGUCGUCAUUCAUCGAAUCCUGAAUUGCAUACUUGCUUGGAACAGUGUCUUCUAAAUAUCGUAUCUACCUAUCGCAUUGACCUGCCAGACGAACCGCGCUUGCCUAUCCUAUAUCACUUCAACAUCUCAAGGACCGUAUUCGUGUGCUCCCUAAGCCAUCGUCAUGCAGCGAGACAAAGACUCCAGCCGGGCAACCUCCCUAAAGAAUGAGGGCAACAAAUUGUUUCAGCUCGGGGACUACACGGGUGCGGAUGGCCUUUACUCGAAAGCCAUAAUUGCAGACGAUUCGAACCCAGCCUUAUAUACGAACCGCGCUCUUGCACGGCUGAAGCUACAGCUCUGGGACUCGGCCAUCACCGAUUGUCAAGCUUGCCUCAAACUCAACCCUGACUCCAUGAAAGCGAACUACUAUCUGGCACAGGCUCAGGUUGAGACGCGCAACUACGAGGACGCCCUACCCACUGCACUGCGAGCCCAUUCCCUGUGUGUCAGCCAGAACGACAAGUCCUUACCCCAGGUCACUGCGCUCGUCCUGCGAUGUAAGAAAGAGAAGUGGGAACAUCAAGAGAAAAGGCGUAAGCGCGAAGAUCAAGGUUUCGAGAAUCAGAUACUUGACCUACUCGAGCAGAAGCGAGACGAAAUGCUACAGAAUUGCGAUGGUGAAAGUGACAGGCAGGACAUUAUGCGGGACUGGGAAACCGAUGUGGAAAGGUUGCGAAGAAAGUUUGAAAGCGCGCGAAAUCCAGUAGAUCGAAAGAGGGAGGUCCCGGAUUGGAUGAUCGAUGAGAUCAGUUUUAAUAUCUUCGUUGAUCCUGUUACUACCAAGACGGGUAAGAGCUACGAACGUGCUUCGAUACUGGAGCACCUCCGGAGAUCGGCCACAGAUCCCCUGACCCGCGAGUCUCUGUCAGCGAGUGACUUGCGGCCGAAUUUGGCACUGAAGCAAGCUUGUGAAGAAUUCCUGGCUGAGAAUGGCUGGGCUGCAGAUUGGUAGGACGAUUUCGCGGGUCAACCACCCCUGGCUCUCCAUCCGGAGCUUGAAUUUGAUACACCAGGGCAACAUCGAUUGCACAAAUGGUUCAGGCGUAUAUUGUCAAGACAGGCCCGGCGACAGCCCAGCACAUUAUUCUAUGCACUCAAUCAUCCUGUCGUCUCAGUUGAGAUAAGGGCGCUGAAAGGUAAAUAUUGCAUCAAACCGGCGUUAUGACGUACAUUCAUGUUUGUACUUAGCAAGUAGGAGCCCUUGGACUGGCAUGGCGGCGACCAACGCAUCUCGUUUCGAGAAACCGAACUGUAACACUGAUCCAAAACUCAAUAAAUAAUGUUUAUAUGUGAA